UAAACCUCAAGUCUAAUGUCCCUUUAAAAGUUUGUAAGAAAGUGACGCACACAUGUGACUCAUACUUACAGUCAAAACAAACUCAGAGCUGCUCCAAACCGGGUUCAAACCGAGUCAAACCGGGCUAAACCGGGCGGACCUGUUCGGGCUUUUACUCUGAAGCGGCGGCGCCGGAAACCGCGGAGCUGUUAGCCGUUAGCCGCUAGCCGCAUUAAAAAGUAUUUUUUUCCGCGUAAAUCGUGUAACAUGUUGAGAGUUGGAGCCGAGACGGAGCUGCGGGUCCUGGCGCAGUUGCAGUACUCUGACCCGGAGCUGGUGCAGGUGGAUCUGAAGCAGGUUCGAUCGGUGUUUUCAGACCUCAGACUCUACUGCGACUUCUACUGUUUCCCGAACAAACAGAAAAGACGACUGCUGUUUUUGGCUGGAACCAUCCCAGUGUCCUACCAAGGUUGUGAGUAUAAUUUCCCCGUGUGUGUGUGGCUGCACCACACUCACCCGUCCGUUCGUCCGCGCUGCUGCCUCUGCCCGUCUGUUUCCAUGGCGAUAAAUCCUCACUGUCGCUACGUCGACGCCCACGGCAACAUCCUCUCAUCCCGCCUCCACACCUGGACCAAGGGUCGGUCCAGUCUAGUUCUUUUGAUCUCUGAGAUGAAGCAAGCGUUUGAGAAGGACACGCCCCUUUACGCCAGGCCCCUCCCCCCGCCUCAGACCACGCCCCCUGCAGGUGGAGGCAGGUCAAGCUCUGGUCCUGGUCCGAGUCCUGGUCCGAGUCCUGGUCCCGGUCCGAGUCCCGGUCCGAGUCCCGGUCCGAGUCCUGGUCCGAGUCCUGGUCCUGGAUCUGGUAAAGUGCCGGUGCAGACGUCGCACUUGGAUGACCUGAAGGACAUUGACUUUAGCCCCUCCCACAGCCCUGUCCAUCAAAACCAGAGCCCCGCCCCUUCUGGACCCGCCCCCUCAGAUCCUGCGCAGCUGCUCAGAGCCAUGGCUAACCUCACACUCCACGCCACGACCAGCCAAUCAGAGCUCAGAGGGCAUGUCAGCAGCCAAUCAGAGCUCAGAGGGCAUGUCAGCAGCCAAUCAGAGCUCAGAGGGCAUGUCAGCAGCCAAUCAGAGCCCCGUCAGAACCGUAGGCCCCUCCUCAGACUGAGCGGCGAGGAGCAGAAGGAGGUGUCACAGCUGCCUCCACACAAGCUCCAGAUGUUCCUCCAGCUGCUGCAGAGUCAUGGAAGGAGUUUCAGCACAGAGGGGCGGAGUUUCAGCACAGAGGGGCAGGGCUUCAGCACAGAGGGGUGGGGCUUCAGCACAGGUGAGCUCCUGGAGGCGGUGCGACUGAACGAGGACCUGUCCUCAGCGCAAAGGUUCCUCCAACACCUCUGCCCCGUGUGCCAGGAGCAAGUGUCCUUCAGCAAGAUGGUCCUGAUGACCCACUGCUCGUGCUCUCUGUGUGAGUCCUGUUUUAAGUCCUGGUUUUCGUCCGUGAUCCGGGAGAAGUCCGUGGAGCAGUUUGUGUGUCCUCUCUGUGCCAAACCUGACCUCAAGGACCAGGACCUGGACCUCUACAUGGACUACUUCAACCUCCUGGACACUCAGAUCCGGCACUUCCUGUCUCCUGAGCUGCACGAUCUGUUCCAGAGGAAACUCCGAGACCGAGCCCUGGUCCAGAUGAGGCACUUCUGCUGGUGCUCACAUUGCUCGUUUGGUGUGGUCCAUGAGUCUGGGUCUCUGAAGAUGGACUGUCCGAGCUGCAACAAGUCCACCUGCUCCCGCUGCAGGUCCCCGUGGACUUCGGGGCAUCAGGGCGUUUCCUGUGAAGACUUCAGAAACCAGACCAAGACCAGGACUGGACCUCUCUUCAACUGCAUCGAGUGUCCGGACUGUGGUGAGAUCUUCUCCGGUUCUAGAGGAGGGUGUCUUCACUUCUCGUGUCUUCGUUGUGGGACUCAGUUUUGUGGAGGCUGCAGCCGCCGCUUCACCCAGGGACAGGCCUGUGGGUUUUCAGUGUCUUGCUCGUCUCGGGGGCUUCACGCUCAUCACCCCAGAAACUGUGUUUAUCACCUGAGAGACUGGAGCGUGGAGCGACUGCACCUGCUGCUCCAGGUGCCUUCUCCGUGUGUCAGAUUAUGUCAGGUGCCCUCCCUGUGUCAGUUUUACAGAGGGAGUCCCGCUUGGAUUGAACUGGCCAAUCAGAGCACAGACCCCGCCCACUCCUCAGGAGUGUGUCCUGAACUCCGAGACGCAGAAGAGCCGUGUGCAAAACGCGCCGAGUACAGAGGAUACUGCAGGUCUCAUUACGUGGAGCGUCUGGUGCACCUCCUGAACGUUCUUGGGGCAGAUCCUGUGGUUCUGUUUACGGUGGAGGAGCUGGAGACAGAACUACGACGCUGGAACCACGCGCUGCCCCCACCGCCCGACCUACAGCCCGACCCGCUGUACCACGCCCGCCUCACGCAGAUGGUGCUGCAGAAGGUUCCUAUGAAGACUCGCUCUGGACCUGGAGCCGCUGUUUGGACCACAGUCUCUGCACCCCCUCUUCCUGAACCAGGACUAAACCGGGUCUAAGCCGGGUCUAAAGCAGGACUAAAGCAGGACUAACCAACCCAGGACUAAACUUGGACUAACCCAGGACUAAACCAGGACUAAACUAGGACUAACCCAGGCCUAAACCAGGCCUAAAGCAGGCCUCCUGAGGACACUGGUCUCUUUGGAGCAGGACUGGAGCAGUGGCUCUUGUACAGACUGUUGUUGUGUCCUUAGGCAAGACACACACAUUGUGUCGUCUGGAUGUGGUGUUGGUGGUGGUACGGGCGAUGGUGCAGGUGGUCAGUCUGCCCCAGGGCGGCUGUGGUUGCAGAACUGAGCUUAAAGACUCGAGUGGAACAGGUUCAUACAGAUUAAAUGAGAAAAUGUGACGUCUUUUUUUUAUUCACAUCACAAACCAGAACAGAACAGUUCAGCAGGAAAUGGAUGAUGGAAAAAAACUUUAUUUAUCCUGAAGGAAACUGAUUUUUCAGCAGCAACAAUGAAACAUCUUAUUAUUAUUAUUAUUAUAAUACAUGAUUUAUGGCGCUGUGUUGUGCAGGCGUGUGUGUCUGAAGUUUUGUGGAAGUGUUUUGUGGAUUGAGUGAGGCAGAGUAACUAUCACCAGUGACAUGUGCUAGUCCAGCACCAACAACCUCUGCAAAUACAACGACUGGAUGGAUUAUUUCAAAAACUGUCUCCACACGCCUCCAACACCCUGGACCACGAGGAAAUGAGGCCCUAUGUCCAAAAUUCCAAACUGUCCCUUUAAAUAUUCUCCUUAAACCCCCUUAGCCCCGCCCCCUGGACUCACUGACCAAACACUGGGUUUUAAGUCUUAAAACUGUUUCAUAACCAUAAAGAGGAAAUAAACCAAUAUAUCAUCAAUAUAUCGUCUUUGGAACGUCAGGUCUGUGGAGGAGCGAGGUCGAUAGGUCAGUGUCUGGUCCUCGCUCCUCCACAGACCUGAUGCAUAAAGAGUCAUGUAAAGUCUGACUGUGAGAAAAA